CAACAAAGCAGCCCUGCGGACAAAACUGGCAUAACAGAGGCUUCGACUCCUUUCCAUGGCCUACCGAAGACUGGUUUCAAAGAUCUUCUAUUUGUGCUGCCGAGACUGUGAGGAGCCCCAUACCACAGAUGACUCCACAAUCCCCAGUCAAAUCCAAGAGCAGCCGUCCGGUUUGGAGACGGGAUUGCUCGGCCAACCGAAUCCUAAGUAUGAUACCAGAGCCUCCCACUUGCCUUUGGGACAACCCCUGAUCCAUCCAGAAAAAGAGUCCUCGACCAGCAGCAGUGAUUUUGAGGAUGGUCCCCAAAGAGGUGUUCACAAGAGAGACCUAGACCGCCACUCCCAGACUCGAUGGCCACGUCACCCAUGCCUCACUGGGAGACCCUGA